CAGGUUGAGCGUCUGAAAGCGUCACUCAGUCUCUCUCAGAUCAGGACAGAGACACACUGCUCUCCUCUUCUCUCCAUCAUCCCUCCAUCUUCCUCCUCCUCCAUCCAGAACUCUCUCUCUCUCCAUCUUGUGUCCUCUCUCCUCCACCCUGCAGACAGGUCGAACUCUUCAUCAGCACCAUCAUCAUCCUCCGAGGAACAGGGAGCCCUGUGACCCUAGCCCCGCCGGGUCACCAUGGCAACGGUCAUCUGCACUCGUUUCACCGAAGAGUUUCAGCUUUACGAGGAGCUGGGCAAGGGAGCGUUUUCGGUGGUGCGGCGCUGUGUGAAGGUGUUGUCCGGUCAGGAGUACGCCGCCAAGAUCAUCAACACCAAGAAACUGUCUGCCAGAGAUCAUCAGAAGUUGGACCGUGAAGCUCGGAUCUGUCGUUUACUUAAACAUCCAAACAUUGUUCGGCUUCAUGACAGCAUCUCAGAGGAGCUACAUCAUUACCUCAUCUUCGACCUGGUCACAGGCGGCGAGCUGUUUGAAGACAUCGUGGCCAGAGAAUAUUACAGUGAAGCUGAUGCCAGCCACUGCAUCCAGCAGAUUUUGGAGGCGGUGCUACACUGUCACCAGAUGGGCGUGGUCCACAGAGACCUAAAGCCAGAGAACCUGCUUCUGGCCUCGAAGUCCAAAGGUGCGGCUGUGAAACUGGCCGACUUCGGCCUCGCCAUCGAGGUGGAGGGAGACCAGCAGGCCUGGUUUGGCUUUGCAGGGACUCCAGGUUACUUGUCCCCAGAGGUUCUAAGGAAGGACCCGUAUGGAAAAGCAGUCGACCUCUGGGCCUGUGGUGUGAUUCUCUACAUCUUAUUGGUCGGUUAUCCUCCGUUCUGGGAUGAAGAUCAACAUCGUCUCUACCAGCAGAUUAAAGCUGGAGCUUAUGAUUUUCCGUCUCCGGAGUGGGACACAGUGACUCCUGAAGCCAAAGAUCUCAUAAAUAAGAUGUUGACCAUCAAUCCGGCAAAACGCAUCACAGCUGCAGAGGCCCUCAAACAUCCGUGGAUCUCACAUCGCUCCACGGUGGCGUCCUGUAUGCACAGACAGGAAACCGUCGAGUGUCUGAAGAAGUUUAACGCCAGGAGGAAACUGAAGGGUGCGAUUCUGACCACCAUGUUGGCUACUAGAAACUUCUCAGGAGGAAAAAGCAACAAGAAGAACGAUGGAGUCAAGGAAUCAUCAGAGAGUACGAACACAACUAUAGAGGAUGAAGACACCAGAGUGAGGAAGCAGGACAUCAUUAAGGUCACGGAGCAGCUCAUCGAGGCGAUCAGCAACGGAGACUUCGAGAGCUACACUAAAAUGUGCGACCCAGCUGUGACGGCGUUCGAGCCCGAGGCGUUGGGGAAUCUGGUGGAAGGGCUGGACUUUCACCGCUUUUAUUUUGAAAACUUGUGGUCUAAGAACAGUAAACCCGUCCACACCACCAUCUUGAACCCUCACAUCCACCUGGUCGGGGACGAGGCCGCCUGCAUCGCUUACAUCAGAGUGACUCAGUACAUCGACGCCAACGGGACGCCUCGCACCGCCCAAUCAGAGGAGACCAGGGUGUGGCACCGUCGUGACGGCAAGUGGCAGAUCGUCCACUUCCACCGCUCAGGCUCCGCCUCCACGCUCAGCAAUUAACUUCCAGAGUGGGCGGGUCUUUGAUGGGGCCAGCGUCACCUUGACAACAGAUUGAUCGACAGCAGACCAGGCAGGACUUUUAGAAGUUUGAUAAAAACCAAAAGAAGGAGGAGGAGACAUGGGCGGGGCUUCCUGCAGUGAACUGCACAAUCAAUCAACCAAUCAGCUUCCUCUCUUUAGCUUGUUUGGACUCUGUUACACCCUUGUGAUCAACCAAUCAGCUGCCCAGCUCAGGGUCAGUGAAGGUGUGGAAACCUCGUAUCUCAUCAACAUCUGAUCGAUGAUCAAUAAUAACGACGAGUUUAACAUGAAAUAUUUUUCGCCAUUUGAAGAAACUGUUCGUCAUCACGAGUUUCAUCAGCUUCCUGUUUCAGUUCAUAAAAAGACGAAAACAUGGAAAUAUGAUGUUAUAAUUGAUAAGAAGAAUUAAUCAAUGAAUAAUAAUUGUUUUUAAAUUCACCUUGAUUGACAGAUAAAGUUUUUUGAACAUCAGUGGUUGGUUCUUGGUUCCAAAGAGAUAUGAGGUUUCCACCUGAACAUAAAGAAAACAACAUACACAUCAUAUCAUAUCAUUAAAAACAUGAGUCGCCAUGGUUACCAGUUAGCAUCUAGAGCCGUGACUUCGAGAUCGCAGUUUGUAACUCGUUAAGUUUUACAAACAAAACUGAUCAGAAACAAGCAACAGUUUAAAGACGGAUCAUGUGACAUCAUUUUAUCUUGAGAUGAGAAGAUGACCGGCAGCUCUGGGCCUCUUUACGUGGAUGAUUUAAUAUAUAAACUUUAUAUAAAUGUAAUAUAUGUAACGUUUUAUUUCAUGUUGAGAUAAACAGGUAACGCUGACGACACGUCAACGAUAAAGUUUGACGCUCUGCUUCCUUAUUGGUCGGAGAGCUGCAGAAACUUCCAUCGCUCUCCGUCCUGCGAUCUUCCAGGAACAGCCGCACCCCCGCAGCUGUGCUAACGAGGACGACCUUCGACCUUCACCAGGAGCCACCCUGAGAAUCUGUCGGCUUGAGUUUACCAAACGUUUCAGGUUGAAAAUAAAUAAGUCACAGUAAAACACCAUCGUUAUUAUCAUCAGCCAAUCAGAAUCAUCAUCAGUAAACUCAGUACAGAGUCCCAGAAGGGACAAAAAGAAGUCCAGCUCUUCUAGGGACUGUGGCGUUGCUCUGUCGUCGGCGUGGUCGCUCUGUGAAACCUCAUAUGUCCGUUGGUUUUCAGCCUUAAUGACGUUACAACUGAUUUGACCAAGUGAAACAUUGACUCGCUCUGAUUGGACGGAGGACCCAUGUGUUUUGAUUGGAUGGAGCGUAUUACUUCCUCUUCAGUGAUUCGUUGACUGUACAGAUUUCGUGAUGCAUGCCAAACGUGCUUUGUGUUUUGGUUUUCGGGCUCUGCGCGUUUUGCUGUUGGCAGCUGUCCCUUUGUUUCCUGCUCUGCGGUGACUUGACUCUGACUUGUUAGCUUUGUUAGCAUUCCUCACUGGGAGCAAUGGCGCCUGCUAGCUGUGAGAAGUGAAUGUUUUUACAGUCAGAAGUUUGUACGAUCAGAGGAAAUGAUUCUUCUCCGUAUCGCAUUUCUAACUUUCAAAGCUUUUUCAUGUUGAAUCAAACUUCCUUCGCUAAUGUUGUGACUCAACUGUACAGAGCGCAAACGCAAAGUAUUAUUAUUAGCUUUAUGAUUUUUCAGUACGAUGUGCAUUAACGAGUGUGACAUGUGUUCCCUUAGCAAUCGUUAGCUGACAUCUCGUCCAACUGGAGAGGCUGAAUCAAAGGUCAAAGGUCAGGUUGGGACUGUGGAGAGAAGGCGGGGCUUCUUUGAAUUUGUCACAACUAACACCAGGUGGUCAGGGCAGCAACAGGUAUUGAAGCCACGCCCCCACACCACAGAAAAAUGUCCUCGAUGUAAAAUGUAGUUUUUUCUCAGCUGACGCUCAGAAGCCUCCGUAGUUCUGAUGAUCAAAAUGCAGCAGAUGUUCAACAUCUGGAUCUUCACUCCAGGGCCCUGAACCAGGAAGCAGGAUUUGUGGUCAUCAGGUGAAUCACCAUGGUAACUCAACCUGCUGACCUGCUCCAUGUGAAGUUGGAGAUAAGAGAUCAAAGAGCCUGAAGCUCCGCCCACUGACCAGUCACCUCCUUUGAACCAUGACAUCAUGUUCUUAGAGGAUCCGUGGAGCUGGUUGUUGGAGUCUCUGAGGAGGACCAGGGUCUUCAGAGACCCACAGGAUCCUCUGAGCUCCUCUGAGGAGCUUCUGAAAGAUCUAGAUUCUCCUCAGAGGAACCGAACAGAACCAACCGGACCCGUAGGAGCAAAGUGCUCACGGUACCACCGACUGCAGCUGCUCCACUUACUGGUACUGAUGUACUGGGAGUGUUGGCGGAGGAGAACUUUAAUUAUUUUAUCCUUUAAUUAGCUUCAUCCUGUGAAAUUAUAUAAUUAUAUAAUAGUAAACAUUGUAUAGGCAACAUCCUGGAAUUCAAAAGUUUCUCUUCAAGAGGCGUCUUCACUUCCACGUUUUGUUAGUAAACAACCGAUUCGGAUCUCGUGGCCCCGAUUUAUAUAUCUUGUUCUUGUUAUUAUAUCGUGGUCAAGUCAUGUAUUUUUUACCAGAUGUCCCCAGGGGGCGCUGUAACGUACACAUUAACACAAUCCCAGAUGUUUUUCCAGCUGUUCUUCCUGCAUUUAGCAGCUGGAACAUUUUCUGUUAUUCUGGAUGUUUGUUCUGCUCAGACACUUGAUCCUCGGCUUUGCUGUCAGUCAAACUGUCCAUGUCUGUGAUUGGUCAUAUGCAGUAAAGCCCGCCCCUUUAUGUGCAUGCGUUAUCUAGAGGAAACCUGAGUUAACUCAACCAGUUGAUAAGCAGCGUCAUGUGACCGUUUACCAGACUGGGAUUAAUAAGUUCAGCUGGAAACUGAGAUCCUGGAUCUGUUGAACUUCGUAGAACAGACUCUGAUGUUUAGUCAACGUUGUUUCUCAGUUCAGACGAUGUCUCCCCCGGUGGCUGCCUAUAGAAUAGCGUCUGUCUAAUUUCAAAGGCUCCUCCUCCUCCUCCUCAUGAGGACCAAUCACAGAGCAGCUGAUGAGACAGCGUCUGAGACGUCUGAGGAGGAAACAUUUCAUCGUCAGUCUCAAAGCUUCAGUUCUGACAUUUUGUUCGAGGAUUAAAAUAAAGAUGUCGGCUUGUUCUUGAAACUUCUGAUUCAGCCUCUUCCAGUGAAAUGACCUCUGACCCCGUCAGACUCCAGGUGGCGCCGGCACAGUGAAUGUUUUCUAAAGCAGCACGUCCACUUCUAACUUUACGACACUUGAACGUAUAUUUAUCAGUAACUCAUCCCUGAAAAAAUCUGUGAUGUCAUUUUCUACAAAUAUAUCGAUGUUUACGCUUGAAACUGAAAAAUUGAUCGUAACUUUCACGUUGUUCCUCUGACCAGAUGUUACCAGGCGACAUGUCUCCUGCCUCAGCGUGAGCACGCUCACCACAGGAAGUGUGUCAUCCACGUGACAGGAAACAGCAGGACGGAGGGGGGGGGGGG